UACUCUUAAGCCUAUAAAUUAAUUUUCAGCCUAAACUUAAUUUUUUUAUCAAAUAAGUUAACUUAAACAAUACACUUCAUCUUGAGUCUUAGAUUAUUAGAAAUACAGCAACCAUGGGGAAAAUGAAAAGAAUGAGACAAAAGCUGCAUACAGCAGCUGCAAAAGUAAAGGCUAAGAACAAAACAGAAGAUCAAGAAAUGAUGGAGGAGUCUACAAUAACAGUGCCACAUAAAGCAAGCUCAACAGCUAAUGUACCGAGGGGUGAAAAUUUGUUUCAAAAUCUUAAAAUAGCAGCCACAGAUUUAAUAACACAGAAACUUCCAGAUUUUGAUGCUCGAAGUACUAUAACAAGCAAGACUUUCAAAGGACAGAACUUGAAGAAGAAAGACAAACAAAAAAUUAGACAUGAUGUUUGGAUGUCUAAAAUCGAUGCUGUUCAGGGUGCCAAAAAGAAAGAAAUAGAAAGAAAAAGAAAACAGAAAGUUCCUAUAGUAGGGGACCUAACUCCUAUGGAAGAUGCCCUACCAACACUUGAGCUUUUGUUGAAGAAAACCACUGAGAGUGCCUCAUCUAGAAAAAAUGCAGAAAAACCAAGACCAAUACCUAAAGAGAGCAGAAGGAAGAAACAAAUGAUUGAUGACAUUUCUCUGUUUCACAAGAUUGUUCAACACCCCCUCUUUCAACAAAAUGCUGAAACAACUAUUAAAGAGCAUUUAAAACAUAAGCUGAUGUUGGAGAAUGAAAAGAACACCUAGUAGUGAUUUGUUUUGUUGUAAUGCAGUAUGAAUGAGCAAAGGGUUUAAAUGUUUUUGGUUGCAUUGUAUACCUGGUGUAAAAUCUUUGUAUUUAAACAAUGUUUAUGUGCAUUUAUAAAAAAUUGAAUGGUUCUAUAUAAAGUGAUUAUUUGCUCUUAUAUCUUAAUGUUUGAGAAAAUAAAAUAAUAAUAUAAUCUUU